AUGGCUUCAAACAAGCAAGAAAGCAGCACACAGGCUUGUCUCCCCAGCCCUCGGCUGGUCAGCACAACCCACAACUCAGAUGGCACAUCAGUCUUUUCAUCAGACGAGACCAUCGCACCGUUCCAGCCCUUCGGGCCUGGCACAAGCUCCUUUCACAACUUCGACAUCAGGCCUGUCGUCCCAGCCAACAACACCGAGGCGGUCAACCCCUCCGCCUUCGCCAACACGUUCCCGCGGUGUGCGCCCGGCGGCGCAUACUUCGGCGUCACGGAUAUCCCGCCCAACUACUCGGCCCCAAUGCACCGCACGCAGAGCCUGGACUACGCAGUGGUGCUGUCCGGGGAGAUUGUGUGCGUGCUAGACGGCGGGGAGGAGAAGACGAUCUCGCAGGGGGAAUUUAUCAUCCAGCGUGGUACGAACCAUCAGUGGGUUAACCGAUCUGCCGCGCAGGUGGCACGGAUCUUGUUUGUCAUGGUCGGGGCUGAUAAGGUCGCUCUGGGGAAUGGUACGGAGUUAGAGGAAACUGUAUUCAAGAGGUAG